UAAGGAGAUUGGCCAACAGGUAUCUCCCCAGCCUGGCCCCAGAGUCCCUCACCUGGGUGGCCUGGGUCCCUGGCCUCAUCUCAUUGGCUCUUUCUCUCCUGGGUAUCUUGGGGACUGGAGUGAAGGAAUAAAGGCAUAACUCAGGUCAGGGAACUGCUUCAGCUACUGACGUCCUUGACUUACUCCUACCUGGGAUGGAGACCCCUUUGGAGAAGGCCCUGACCACCAUGGUCACCACUUUCCACAAGUAUUCAGGGCGAGAGGGCAGCAAGCUGACGCUGAGCCGGAAGGAACUCAAGGAACUGAUCAAGAAUGAGCUGUGUCUCACUGAGAAGAUGAAGGAGAGUAACAUUGAUGACCUGAUGAAGAGCUUGGACAAAAACAGUGACCAGGAGAUCGACUUCAAGGAAUACUCAGUUUUCCUGACUACACUGUGCAUGGCCUAUAACGAUUUCUUCCUGGAGGACAACAAGUGAUCUCUGACCGGUCCUGGCUGCCCACCAGCCUCCUGUCCCCCUCCUCUGCAGGUCCCCUUUGCCCCCGAACCUCCUCCUCCUCCCAGCUUGGAAAUAAAGAUUAUUCCUUCCAGAAGUGUGAA